UCCGAACACGACUUCGCCAUGUUCAGUUUUAGUCAGUUUAGUGGCUGAUUCAGGCCAGUUGACCAUUUGCCAAGAGAAACGGCUCUUGGUAUCAUUGAGUAACUCCUCUGAUCACUGUGUCGUGAGCCAGCCACAUCCGCAGCUUCCGCUAUGCUUUCCCAUUAUUGCUUUCGUGAGCUAGUGGCUCCACGCACCCGGGUCCCGACUUAUACCUACCCAUGGUGCACCAGCAUACGUAAUACCCCAGCGCUCCUGAUUUUUAUACUAUGAUUGUCCUCCUUACUGAAGUCCCUACGAUCUCCGCGUUCGACCUCUCCACCACACAAUAUUCUUUUCCACCCACCGUGCGCAAUCGUAGGUGGUAGGCGCAGUUUCAUACACAAGACAAGAUGUGGAUUAUUUCUUUCUGGAUCUUCCCCGUGAUUUCGGCGUGCAUGUGGAUAGCCAUGCUCGCCGCAAUGCUGGGAACCUGGUGCGUCCAAGGCUACCCUAUCUACUCGAGCAUGGAACCAGGACAAACAAUCGCGUAUAUAUCAGACGUCGGCGCGCAGGGUCUCAAGCCGCUGUUCAUCACCGGUAGCGUUAUCACAGUCGUGUUCCUCGACCUCUCGUUUGUCUCAGAGCGAUGGCUGCGGCAUUCCGGGCAGCUGGUACCGAACAAAGGGCGAUUUGACAAGUUUUGCGCUAUCGCGUCUAUAUUUUUUUCGAUCGCCGGCGCUCUGGGCUUGAUUCUUUUAUCUGUCUAUGACACCCUUCGACAUUCGCAUCUACACAGUGGUUUUCUGGCGAUGUUCCUUGUUGCAUAUCUUGUCAGCGCUAUCCUCAUCUGCAUUGAGUACCUUCGUAUUGGCAUCUUCUACCGCUCCCAGCAUCGUGUUCUACUGGCCAGUUUUGCGAUUAAGGCAUUCUUCAUCGUUGUUGAGGUCGCCCUGGCGAUUGCCUUUGGUAUCUGCGGGUGGCAUAGACCGCAUCGCAGGAAUGCAGCUGCGGUGCUCGAAUGGGUAAUCGCGCUGGUCUUUACAUUUUAUGUCCUCUCUUUUGUGGUCGAUCUGUUGCCGUCCGUUCGCACGCGAAACCACGUACCUCAAGGCGAGAAGCGCAUAAACUCCGCCCACUCGGAUCAUCCCGAGAUGGUGUAUGAAGAGCCCCUAACGCAGGAUUCAGCCGGGCCGAACGCCAAUAGGAACACCAACUAUUACCGGGGGGCGCACGUUUAG